AUGGCUGCCCUCCGUCUAGGAGGCCCUCUGCGGGCUGUGUCUGCUACUUUCAAGCGCAUCACUCCAUCUAGAGUAUCGUCCAGAAACGCCAUCUCCCAGAUCCUCACCCGUCACGUCGCCGCAUCAAACGCAAGAAUGUCUUCCAGCUUCUUCGCUGGCGAGCCUAAGGGCCCCGUGCUGAAGACCGACAUCCCAGGACCCAAGUCCCAGGAGCACAUUGCCAAGCUGGACCAAGUCUUCGACACCCGGAGCUUGAACAUGCUUGCCGACUACACAAAGAGCUUUGGCAACUACAUUGUCGACCCAGACGGCAAUGCUCUGCUGGACGUUUACGCCCAGAUCGCCUCUAUACCCGUCGGAUACAACAACCCGACUCUGAUGAAGGCUGCCCAGAGCCCAGAGAUGGCUACGGCAAUCAUCAACCGACCCGCACUGGGCAACUUCCCCUCACACGAUUGGGUUGAGAUCCUCGAGACCGGUAUUCUGAAGGUAGCUCCCAAGGGCCUCGACCAGGUCUUUACCGCAAUGGCUGGAUCCGAUGCAAACGAGACAGCAUACAAGGCCGCCUUCAUGUGGAGACGGCAGAAGGAACGAGGUGGCCCUGCCGUCGAUUUCACCAAGGAGGAAAUGGAGUCAGUCAUGAACAACCAGAGCCCUGGUGCCUCCCAGCUCUCCAUCAUGUCAUUCAAGACUGCCUUCCACGGCCGUCUCUUUGGCUCUCUGUCGACGACCCGCUCGAAGCCGAUACACAAGCUGGAUAUCCCGGCAUUCGACUGGCCGCAAGCCACCUUCCCCCAGCUCAAAUACCCGCUCGAAGAGCACGCCGAAGAGAAUGCCAAGGCCGAGGCUGACUCCCUCGCCGAAGUCGAGCACCUGAUUAAGAACUACCACCUACCACCGUGUGCCGUCAUCGUCGAGCCCAUCCAGUCCGAGGGCGGCGACAACCACGCCUCUCCGGCCUUCUUCCGGGGUCUGCGUGCCGUGACCAAGAAGCACGGCGUGCUGUUGAUCGUGGACGAAGUGCAGACCGGUGUCGGCGCAACCGGCAAGUUCUGGGCGCACGACCACUGGGAUCUGCCCGAGCCGCCGGACAUGGUGACCUUCAGCAAGAAGGCCCAGACCGCCGGCUACUACUACGGCGACCCAAGCCUCCGGCCCAACAAGCCGUACCGGCAAUUCAACACCUGGAUGGGCGACCCGGCCCGCGCCAUCCUCUUCCGUGCCAUCAUCAACGAGAUCCAGCGCCUCGACCUCGUCAAGCACACCGCCGAGGUCGGCGACUACCUGUACGGCAAGAUCGAGGCGCUGGCCAAGAAGUACCCGGGCGAGUUCCAGAACCUGCGCGGCAAGGGCAUGGGCACCUUCAUCGCCUUCGACAACCCCAAGCGAGACGAGUUCCUGAAGAAGGCCAAGAAGUUCGGCGUCAACAUCGGCGGCAGCGGCGCGAGCGCCGUCCGCCUGCGGCCCAUGCUCAUCUUUGAGAAGCAGCAUGCCGACCUGCUGCUCGAGGCCAUGGAGAAUAUCGUCUCAAGCUAG